AUGUCUGCUGAGACCAACAGUGUUUCUUCUCAAUUCCUUUCAAAUAUUAUUGGGAAGCCAGUCAAUGUCAAAUUAUAUUCCGGUAUGUUAUAUAAUGGUAAAUUAGAAUCAAUUGAUGGUUUCAUGAACAUUGCAUUAUCAAACACGACUGAGCAUUAUGAAAAUAAUGCUAAUGGUAUGCUAAGGAGAUAUGAAAAUGAUGUGUUUUUAAGAGGUACCCAAGUAAUGUACAUUAGCGAAGUAUGA